UCUGAUCGGCAUGUCAGAGCAUUAGCAACUCGACUUAGUCAGCCCUAAACCACCCAAUUUCCCGUUGCAUCGCGGAGAGGCGCACUACAGGACCGGGUAGCUGUCGUCAGCCUUAUCCCAAUACAUGGUUGCUAAACAAGUGCUGUCCCGCAAUCCACUCGUAGCCCUGCGGCGCAGUGGCGCUAGGCCGCUCUGCGAGGUGGGGUAGUGCUGUCUGUGAGACAAGCCAAGCACAAUUGUAAGCUCUUACGGCCAGCCUCUGUAUGCAGCCGCUCCACUACCGAGGAUAAGUCAGGUGCGAUUGGCAACGGAGUCGAGCGGCUCCCCAGAACGAGCUUGCUUAAGAAGCGACCGCCGCGCAGCCCAGAUACAGCACUCAAUUCCUCCCAAUUCCUCCCCGCAGCCACAACAUGUCUCCCGGAAAGGUCUCCACUCUCGACUUCGAGAAAUUCUACAACGUCGUCAACGGCGAGAACCGUGGCUCCGACCAGAUCCACCAUGGCAUCAACCCCGCCACCAGCCAGGAGCUGUGGGACGUCCCCAUUGGCAGCAACCAGGACCUGAACGAUGCCGUUGCCGCUGCGAAGAAGGCCUUCCCCGCAUGGAGAGACACUCCAGUGGCAAAGCGCAAGGAGGCCCUUGGUCAGCUGAUUGCCCUGUUCCAGCAGCACGAGGAUGAGUUUGUGUCCCUGCUCUGCAAGGAGUCCGGCAAGCCCAGGAAGUUCGCUGCUAUCGAGGUCAGCGGUGUUGCCGGCUUCAUCGGCUACCACACAACGCUCGACGUCCCCUCGGAGAGCUUCGAGGACGACGAGAAGACUGUCUACACAGAGUACUCCCCUCUCGGUGUCUGCGCGGCUAUUUGCCCGUGGAACUUCCCUCUCAUCCUGUCAGUCGGCAAGAUUGCCCCUGCUAUCAUGACUGGCAACUGCAUCAUCGUCAAGCCCUCGCCCUUCACACCCUACACAUCCCUGAAGUUUGUCGAGCUGGCCCAGCAGGUCUUCCCUCCUGGUGUCCUUCAGGUUGUGGGUGGCAACAACGAGCUUGGCGCUGAGAUGUGCAAGCACCCCGACAUUGCCAAGAUCUCCUUCACCGGAUCCAUUGCUACAGGCAAGAAGGUCAUGGAGACAUCUGCCAAGACCCUCAAGCGCGUCACCCUCGAGCUCGGUGGCAACGAUGCCUCCAUCAUCCUUCCCGACGUCGACAUCAAGAAGAUUGCCCCCGAGGUCGUCAUGGGCGCCUUCCAGAACUCGGGCCAGGUCUGCGUUGCCACAAAGCGCAUCUACAUCCACGAGUCCAUCUACAAGGAGUUCGUCGAGGAGAUGGUCAACUACACCAAGACCAUCAAGGUCGGCAACCCCGACGACGGUGACAACCUCCUUGGCCCCGUCCAGAACAAGAUGCAGUACGACCGCGUCAAGGGCUUCUUCGAGGACAGCAAAUCCAAGGGCUACACCUUCGCCGUCGGUUCUGCUGAUGUCGCACCUUCAAAAGGGUACUUUAUCCAGCCUACGAUCGUGGAUAACCCACCCAAUGACUCGCGCAUUAUUCAAGAGGAGCCUUUUGGUCCUAUUGUGCCAACACAACCAUGGUCAGAUCUUGAGGAGGUUAUUGCUCGCGCGAACGACACUAACACCGGUCUCGGUGCCACCGUGUGGGGUAAGGACGUUGAGAAGGCCUGCAAGAUCGCCCGAAGGCUGGAAGCUGGCUCGGUCUUUGUCAACUCAUACGAGAAGCCCACACCCCAGGCCGUCUUCGGUGGACACAAGGAGUCUGGUAUCGGUGGUGAGUGGGGCAAGACUGGUCUGCUUGCUUACUGCAACCCCCAUGUCAUCCACGUGUACAAGUCUUAAACUUAGCGACGAUAUAUAAUGAAUUCAAAGUU